GCGAAACGGAACGUGUUCUUGUUGGCGGUGUGCCUGCUCUUGGCUUUAGCUGGUGUCAGCGCGCACUUACAGGCGCUAAUUUUUGACAUGUUCCUAGCUAUCGAAAUGAUCUUUGCAAUGUAUGACGCAGUACCGUCGUGAGCAAUGACAGUAGCAUAAGAAGUGCCGUGUCCCAGUACCCCUCCGCCGUCUAGUCAUUUAUGAGAUUUGGCCGCGCCGUUUCGAAGUUUAGUUCCACCGGCAAAUAAGCAUUGUAGACCUUUUGGCACAGAUAUGCGAUAGUUCGUGAUUUUGACCACUGUGUACACUCGCUUACGUUUUAACGAUGUGAUACUCGAGCGAUCUGCCCGCAGUCGUUAGUAAAUGUUUACUUAGAGCGCGGUUACUUCAGUCAGCUUGUCGCGAUUUGCUCGACUAGCGGGAAUCGCUAAACACAUUUUGGCGCCGAUUCAGCAGGUUAACUUAAUACUCCAUUCGCCGUUAAAAUGUCUUGGAACGCAUGUCCGCGCACGCUUAAGGAAGUCUUGUUCAUAGUUUAACAUAACGGCGUUUGUUUAGCUCCUGAAGAGACAAGAUCGCCACCAUGGCCAACCGCGAGGAAGCAAGCUGCCAGCAAAAUGCCUGAUGAAGCACCUGCUCCGGCGAAGGCCGACACAGUCGUUCUAUGGAUGAGCUCUGAGAACAGCGCAGUGCGGCGUGCCCCUCUUAGUCAUGAAGAGAUUGGUAAUCUCAGCGUUGUGUGCACGUCCUGCGGGGAACAGAUCAAUCACCAUGACAAGCGCAAGGUUCAUUUGCACAGACUUCUCAAUGUUCUUGUCUGUAAGAGAUGCCAUGGCUACUACGGGGACGGCCAAUUUCAAAAAGAUGACAGUGGCACCGAUGAGUACUGUUCCUGGUGCGCCGAAGGCGGAAACCUGCUUGUGUGCGACAAGUGCACCCGCGCUUUUUGCAAGAACUGCAUUCGCCGCAACCUCUCGCGACGAGAGGUGACCCGGGUCAGUUCUCUGAAUGAGUGGCACUGCUACGUAUGCGAUCCUGCACCGCUCGUGCCAAUGGUCAACUUUGCCGAGAUGAUUGGUGGCUACAGUCGCCAAGUGGCCAACAGCACGUCGGCGGGCACUUCCGACGCUGGUGCAUCGAUGAAGCUCAGCGAGGCGGAGGUGUAUAGACUAGCCUUGGAAAAAUCCAUGGAGCUUCAGCAGUUGCUCGCCACUAUGGGGACCCCUGGCGGAGCGGAGGAGCUUUUGCCAAGCAUGAGCAAGCUGCUCAGGGACCAUGCCCGCAGCUUUUCCCGCAUUGCCCAUAGUGCAGAGGAAUGCCAGAAGCGCAAAAUGAAAUCCCAGAAGAAAAGAGCGGGACAGAAGAGAGCCAGUGAGGAAUGUCAGGAGUCUUCUGCGUCGGUGGACUCCCAGCCCAGUAAUGCCACAAAACAAGCCAAGAACAAAAACCUGCUUGCGCUGGAUGAAGUAAGUGGUCACUUUAGCAGCUCCGACCAAGAGGACCUGAGUGCCAAGCGGGACAAACAUAUCAAAGGAGACAAUGAAUUGGAUGCAAAGUCUGAUGCCCCUAGUGCAAUAGUCAACAAUGCAUCAGAAAUGGCUGGUGAUCCAUUGACUAAUGUAGCUGCUGAUAGCCCACCACAUGAGCAGCACACAAAUGCCACUAAACUGGACUCUGAGUCUAAUGCUCACUGUGCAAAGGUUACCUCCGAUACGGCAAAGUUAAGUACACUGCAGGCUGACAAAGCACACAGUUCAAAUGCUGAGGCUACGAAGGAUGGUGUAAAUGGUUGUGAUGAGCCUGUUUUGCUGAAAUCUGACGGGCAAGUCGCAGGUGAAAAAGCGAUUGACCUGGAAGAGUGCACCAGUCUUGACGGUGUGAAAAAGCUGAAUUCACUAUCAAAUGCAGCAAAAGAUGUGAUUCUUGUUGAUGACUUGAAGAUGAUGCUGGCUGUUUUGUAAAAGAGGUGUCUGAUAACGGAGAGGAGACCUUGGCACAAAAGCCUGAAAAUAUCAAGAAACAAGAUGCAGCA